UAUGCAAGUUGUUGAUCGAAAAUUUAAUACUGAACAAAUCAUAAGCAUCUUUUAAAGUUUAAAUUAUAAUCAUGAAGAAUUCAUUAUAAUUGGUAAAUAUUAGNGAUUAAAUAGUUGCCUACAUGUCUAAGAUCUUCUGUAUAGUUGUGUAUUUACGCUCAUGUUAUUGAAAAGAUCAAGUUUUUACAAGAUAAAGAUAUAGAAUUAA